AUGAGCGCCGACGAAGCUGGAGACACGACCCCUAUGUCUGCCACGAACGGCGAACCCCAUCCCGAUCCUGCUACCGCAGCAACUUCAGGAAAACGGAAGCGUUCCACUCAGGACGACAAGACGAGCACUGAUUCCAGUGCCACCGCCUCGCGCGAUCGAGCGAAUCUGCAUGAAUCUCUUCGCAACCUUAUUGAACUUUUACUGAAGCAUGACACCGAACUCCAACUCCUCUCUUGCCUCUUCCCAAAUUCAACUGCGAAGCCCCGAACAAAGCGCGCAAAGGUCUCUGGCGAUGCCGAAAGUUCCAACAUUCAAACACGUGUCAAUUCGGGCAAAUAUAACACCCUACCGGAGUUCCUUUCCGACAUCGAAAGGGCGUCAACCGCUGUGAUUGAACGCAAUCAAGCUCAGUCAAAUAGCGCGAAAGAAGAUGGCGCACCCUUGACCGAGGUAGUCAAUCGGAUCGCAGCAUUCAAAAAGCAUAUGAAUAGCCUGAUUGGCCAAUCAUUUGUCAACCAGCCUGAGGUUAAGACAGAGACUAUGGAAGACGAUACCGACGAUUCGUCAGAACUUCAUGCCAUCAGUAUCUGCACGCGAGAGGAUAAGCCAGCCUUGACACUGUUCGGAAAUCCAGCAAAUCCAAAGCAAUUAUUCUCAAGUCUCCAGAAAUCGGUGAAGGUGCCUUUGCAAUCUGAGUCAGGACCUGAGAAGUUUGUUGAAGUACAAGAAGAGCUGCGCGAGACCGCUCUUCCUAAUGGUAUCACAGCGACCAAAAUUGUUCCUUUCAAUCUUGCUGGUACAUCUCAAACAUCGAAGCGGACAUUUGGGGAGGUGUUUGCCCCACGUGAGACAUUGCCAAAGCUGGAGCAUCCGUCCAAGCGAGCUCAUCUGGCUAGUUCGAAUACAUGGAUUGAUAGAUUCGAUGCUUCCUUCGACUCCAGGUCAUUCCUGGGAGACCGUGUCAAUUAUUGCCUAGCACCACUCCCUUCAACUGACUGGGUCCAAUAUGGGCUAGUCACAUCAUCACCGGCAUAUUGGGAUCGUGUAGAAAGGCAGAAUGCGGAAUCGGAUAUUGUUGAUAGGCACGGCGAUCCCGCCCUUUGGACUGGCCCCGACUCAUCUGCCUUCCAGGGAGUCUUCUCAUCAUUUGCACCUUCUUAUGACAGCUCCACCGCGAUUGUACAGCUUGCCUCGAAGAAUAUGGUCUGGUGGAGUCAACGUGGCGCAGGCCGCGUGAACAAGUUGCUGUCAGUCCCCCGGGAAGUUAACGUUCAACAAGACGAGACCAAAGCUGCCCAGCCUGGCAAUAUCGGCGAACUUGAUGAAAGUAUCCUGGAUGAAAUGGUUGCCUCAUUCAAUGCCGAGGACUUUGCCAUGAACAUCACCGAAACCAACACAAAUGGGGAAGUUGACUCGGAAUCCAAAGAUGUUCAAGAAACACUGGACGAAGUUUCCGAACUACUCAACACUCUAAGCUCUUACCAGCGACUUCGAAGUCUCAAACUGCCGUCUGAUCUCCAGCCGCCUAGUCAUGAUAUCCAUGAGUUGAAUGCUACCGUUGGCCUUGACAUUGGUGACGUGACUACCCCCUCUGAUGCAGAGGCCCUGGUUUAUGAUACUCUCAAGUCAAGUCUUGCUGUAAUCAUCAGUAAUUUGCCGCCUUACGCUGUCGCUAAACUGGAUGGCCACCAGCUUGCCGAAUUGAACAUCAGCCAAAAGGUUCUGGUUGACACUCCAGACUAUAAUGGUACUAUGGAGAAAGAUGAUUUUACUUUGUCGCAAGAUCGGGCCGCAUUGAUUCCUCCAUCAACCAAUGCCGCAAAUCGGACUUCGACGCCCUCUACUUCACGGCCUACCAGUUACCAAGGGUCUCACAGUGCCUACAAUCAACGUGCUUUCAAUUCUAAUGCUCGAGCUCCGCCUCAGCCCGGGUUCCAGGUCACGCCGCAACACGCACGGCAACCUUCGGCGCCAACCACCUACACGCAUGCUUAUGGCGCGGGCCGUCCACCCAAUACACCCAGUCAACGUCCAGUUAGCAACCCUCAAUACGCGCAAAUGAACCCCCAGUACACCCAGGGCAACCAGGCUGCUCAAUAUCAGCGCCCUGCUUCCAAUGGAUACGUGCAAGCGUCCCCCCAGCCUUAUACACCGCGACCUGGGCAGCCAGGCGCAUUCAACGCCACUCCACAAGGGCGUACCCCUUACGCGACUGCGACAUCUAACCAGCGCGUUCAGUAUCCCGGCCAGACUCCCACACAGGGAAGCUAUUCCAAUUCUGCCGCCAAUGCCACAUACUCUCGCAGUGCUGCGGAGCAAGCUGCGUUGAUGGAUAGGAACAAGGCACAGCUGGCAGCUCGACAGAGCCGCCACAGCCCCACAACUCCUCAGCCUCAAGGUCUAGACGCUCGUGCCUCCCAAGAAAGCAGCGCGACACCAGGAAGCAAACAGAAUGGCACACCUAUGUCAUCAUAG